AUGGCCUCUUCCAGCUUCCAAGGAUCUCCCCAGAAACGAGCUGUUGAUGUCAAUAAGCCAGAAAACCAGGGGCCCGUGGGGCUGAGAUUGCUGCUCGUCCGAAUGUUUUGGCUGGCGGCAGAGUUCAGAGUUGGUUUCCAGAGAUUUCCCCAGGAAAGACCAGGGCAGACCGUAGGCUUACAUCAGCAGGAAAAAGCAACCUAUCUGGACAAGACCCCUGGAAGCCAGGCCUGUUGGCAAUCAGUGACAAGAGCAAUAUGGUUCAGGAAGCUGAAAUACAAAAAUCUUAAGUUCAAGACCUCUGGAGACCUGCUCUCUGCCAAAAGGGUUGGGGUCCAGGCCCUGGAACUUCAAGGGGUACAGUGUGGACGGGGAGCCAUUUUCCACAGCACCAAGUUUCAAAUCAACACCUCGCCUCGAAAGCUCUGGAGUGUACAGGAGAGGUCUGAUUUGGCAGCAAAUGAGGGAGCUGUUGGCAUAUGGAUGAUGAUUGAGGCCAAUUCCAUGGAGAAGAUCACCUUUGAGGGAGAAUAUAGAACCCCCUGUGAGGACCCUCAGCAAACUUCCGCAAGGCCUGACGAGCCCUGGGUGCGGGGUGGUGUGGACGCAGAUCUUUCGGGCCGAGGGGAAGGCUGCGGGGGUGUGGGCGUGGAGGUGCCAGGAGCGCGCAGCCUCCGCCUGCCCGGCUGUCUCCGCGGACCCCACCGAGGGUGGGAGAGAAGCGCUGGGAAAAGGAAGGGGAGAAGGAGCCCGAGCGGGAGGCGAGCGAGCGGUUCUUUCGCUCCUCCCAAAGAGCGGGGCGGCUCCGCUGUGCUCCUGACAACCCGGCCGCCGCCGCCCUGCUACCGCUCCCCGGGACCCGUCGGCGCUGACACUGGUGACCCGCUGCGGGGGCGCGGGGCGCGCUGGACACUGGCCGCCGGCUCUCGGGCCCGCUCCUGUCGCAGGCUUCCGCUGCUUCCACGACCCUCCCUCAGCCGCGAGAAGAGGUGCUCUGGCGACCUCGGGCCUUCCCUGGGGGUCUGCGCCGGCCCCUACCCCAACCCGCCCAGGGAAGAGGCGCGAAGGGGUGGGCCGCGAUGCGGAGGCGGGAAACUCAGGCGAGAUGCGAGGCUGGAGAACACGACGCAUGGAGGCGCGGGGUGGACCCCCAGUGUACUCCAGGAGCCGGCAGGAGCUAAACCCCAGCCUGCAACCCAGAGCCAAGCACAGACUCAUGUAGCAUAAGUGCUCAGUAAGUGCCCACGGACUUGGCUAAUGGAUGGACUUGGAGGGGACAUUGCCGGAUCAGGUAAGAAAGGUGGCCUUACUCGCAUCUGCCCUACCAAGAGGAACCUAAGGUCCUACUGCCUGCCUAGGGGUGUCUCAAAAAGCGGCCGAAUCCAGUUCUCCCCCCACCAUCCAUCUUUCCUCGCCUCCAGUCCCCUUGGCCAUCUGGAUCCUCCUGGGUUUGGAGAGGCCAAUGCUUGUGGCUCGUACCAACAUCAAUUUGCAGUCUCCAGGAUGCAACUUCACCCUAUGCUGCGUUCAUAAAUUAAUCUCCUGGGAUUAGAUUCUGUGUUUUAGUAACACUCCUGAGGCAUUGUAUUUACACAUUAAUAAUAAAAGAAAAAAAGUGAGACAAGUUCUGACAACUUUCAAUAACAUUCAGAAAUAAAGUGUGAGGCGCAGAAGUGUCCAAAGUUAAUUAAAACCAUUUGGUGCUGACGGGGGCUGGGGGUGUUGCCUGCCAAGCUCCGACAGGUGCUAUUUCUGAAAUGCAAUUUCCCUGUCUGUAAUGUACCUGAGGCCUGCAGAAAAGGAGAAGCUGAAAUCAACUGAACUGGCAGCGUGAGCU